CCGCCCCCUGCGUGGGGUGGUCGGCAGGAUGGAACGGCAGGGUCGGCUCGUACACAGACACAUGAUGGAAAUUUGUUUAUAUAUCAUGUAUCAUUCCGAAAGGAUUCUUGCGCUGGAGAGGAUAUGAUUCUAUUUGAAAUGAUAUAGUUGGCGGUUGGCGUUCGUAGCGCGAGGACGUGUACCGUUGUUGGUGUACGCCAGGUCUCUGGGCGCAAUUGCAGCGCGGGAAUUGUUGGUUCACUCGCGGUGGAAACAUUGGCUGGGAUACACUAUGUGCGUACAUGGAUCGGAAGCUGGUUAGGGAGAAAAACGAGCCCGUUCGUGGUAAAUGCAGGCAGGAAAACGGAAAUGAAGUGAAUCAGUUGUCAUAUGCGUAUCAGUGCAGUGGCUGUUUUUUAUCUCCUUCAUCUCGGAGAGUUUAAUUUGCCGUAAUGUGUACAACGAACGGAUGUGAAUGGACGGUUGUGUAGACCGUUCGAAAGGACUUGUAGUUAUUGUGGUGUUUUACAAUGCUUUUACACAUCAAUUAAGCAACGCCUAGGAAUUAUGGAAGUGGCAAGAGCAACACUAUCCCGCUUACCCGGUUUCGUCCAGUACCUAGCGUUGGCGGUACUCAUCGAGCAGGCGGGGCAGGCGCUGUCGUCGGAAAAUCUUCAGAUGCCCAACUUUCUGCACGAGCUUCCGUCGAGCGUACUGUUCAGCAACGACACCGGCAACUCGCAGCUCGUCUGCCAGGCCUACGGUGGUCCGCAAAUGAUCAUCCAAUGGAUACUGAAGGACGGCAGCCUGGUGAGCAGCGUACCGGGGCUGAGGCAAGCGUUGCCAAAUGGAACGCUCUACUUCCCUCCGUUCGCCGGGCAUCUCUUUCGCACGGACGUGCACGAUACGACUUAUCGGUGCAGGAUCAGCUACUCCUACUACGUACUGCUCAGCCACGACAUCCGGGUACGGGCAGUGGUACGGCAACCGUACGAGGUAAAGGUGGAGAGCACCGAUGUGACGCUCGGCAACACCGCCUUCCUGAAGUGCUUCGUCUCGUCGCACGUGCGGGAAUUCGUCCAUGUGUCGUCAUGGUUCGGCGAGAAGGAAAUGCUUCUUCCCGGCCGGUCCGACAUCGGCACUCGGUAUGUUGUCACAACGCCCGGCGGAGAGCUGUGCAUACGGAACGUCAAUGAGGAGGACAGAUUGAAGCGGUUCUCAUGCGUAACGGUCGACACGCUGACGGGCGAGCGCAAAACAAGCGAAGCCAUCCUGCUCACCCUGAAAGAUAACAUUCCAAACAUGGCGCCAUCCACUAGCCAGAAGUCAGUGAGCGAGCUCAAGGCCGGCAAGGGAGCCAGUGUGCAGUUACCAUGCAAUGUCCAGGGAAAUCCCGUUCCCAGCUUCUCCUGGUUUCGCAUCUCGGACACUGGAUCGUUAUAUACCGUGCCGUCCUCGCAGCGGAUCGUGCCAUCGCAGUCGCUGCUAUUCAUCCGCAACGUCGACGAACGAGAUGCCGGAAGAUGGAUAUGCAAAGCAUUCAAUCAGUUCGGCGAGCAGAAGCUGGAGAUCCAUCUCACGAUCAGCAACGAGCUGGUGGCGCACAUACAUCCCCAGAUCCAGAUUAUCAACUCGGGCAAUUCGGCCCUGCUUAACUGCUCCAUCUACGGCAGCGAGGUGAACAAAAUCGAAUGGUUUCACAACGGACAGGAGCUGUUUGCUAACGGUCGCUCGGAACGCAGCAUGAGUCUGCUGUCGGCAAACACACUAAAAAUUGAUAGGGUAAGCAAGAAGGAUCAAGGAAUUUAUCAGUGCAUUGUGUCGAAUGCACGCAGCAGCGCUCAGGGCAGCUCGGAAUUGAAACUCGGAGAAAGCCCACCGGAGAUAAGCUAUGGCUUUGUGGAGCAGAAUGUGCGCGCCUCGGCGUACAUCUCGCUGAAAUGCUCGGCGGCCGGGUCGCCCCCACCGCAGUUUGUCUGGCUGCUCGACUACCAGCCCAUCCUCGACGUCUCGUCACUGCACCGUUACACGAUGGAUCAGUUUCUCGACAUCAACAGUCACGUAACGACGCACCUCAACAUCAGCCACGUGCACAGUGACGACGGCGGGCUGUACACCUGCGUCGCGUCCAACAGCAUGGGCACCGCCUCGCACAAGGCCCGCCUGAACGUUUACGGACCACCGUACGUACGUGCCAUCGGACCCAUUACGGCUGUUGCUGGCGAGCCGAUCGAGCUGCACUGUCCCUUCUCCGGCCAUCCCAUCCAGUCAGUGCGUUGGAUACGGGGCGGAAAUGAACUGGUUUCCGGACCACGGUACAGUGUGGCCGACGUUAAGCACGGCGGAUAUUUGAAAAUUUAUACCGUCGACCCGGCGCAAGAUCGAGGACCGUACACGUGCAUCGUGACCGGACCGAAUGGUGACGAAGGGCGCAGGGAGCUACAAUUAGUGGUACACAGCCCACCCGUAAUAGAACCGUUUGCAUUUCCAAAAAUCAUGAAAGUUGGCGGUCGGGCACAGCUGACCUGUUCCGUGUCGGCCGGCGAUAUGCCGAUCUAUUUCAGCUGGAAAAAAGACGGCGCCCCGAUCACGCCGGACCUGCAGGUCAGCGAGAAGAAGGAAGAGUUUUUCUCGUUGCUCGUGCUGAAGGACAUCACCGCCAGGCACAGCGGCCGGUACACGUGCUUCGCCACCAAUACGGCCGCCCAGACGAACUACACGGCCGAGCUGCUGGUGCAGGUGCCGCCUUCCUGGACGCAGGAACCGCACGACAUUGCCGUGGUGCUGGGCCACCCGAUAGUGCUGCCGUGCGAGGCGGACGGGUUCCCCCAGCCCAAGAUAACGUGGUUCCGCGGCAAAGGCAAGCUGUCCACCGACUUCCACUCCAUACUGUCGAAGAACAACUCGCUGAGCAUCAAUUAUGCCACUUCGCCGGAUGCUGGCUACUACAUGUGUGAGGCGGCCAACGGGAUCGGCAACAGUCUGAAGAAAAUCAUCCACAUAGACGUGAACGAGGCGGUCCAUUUCGAUUCGCCGGUAAAGAACGUAUCGGCCCGCCGGAACGAUGCCGUUAUGCUGGAGUGCCUAGCGCUCGGCGAUGAACCAAUCAACAUCAUCUGGACGCACAAGAACCAGCGGAUCGAUUUCAACAACUAUCGCUAUAACAUUAUCGAAAUGAAGGAGAGCGUUGGCGUGCGAUCGCAAUUAUCGAUUAGUCUCACCGAGCGGUACGACUCCGGCAAGUACGUCUGCACGGCGGAGAACCUGUACGGGACGAGCGAACACGUCAUCUAUCUAGCGGUGCAGGAGCGUCCCGAUGCACCGUCCGACCUGGAGGUGAUGGAGGUGUCGAGCCGGCAGAUACGGCUGUCCUGGAAGCGCCCGUACGACGGCAUGUCACCGGUGCUGAGCUAUCUCGUCCAGUACCAGCCGGUGCGCCUGGGGAAGGAACCGGUGCAGGACACGCACCGUUCCGGCCCGGCCGGCCCGAUAGCCGCGUGGGACAGCCCGCUGACGGUGAACGUCACCUUUUCGAAGGUAAACAUGAUCAAAAGCAGCAUCGAUGGGGGCGUGCGGGACGAAACGAGCAUCGGGGGGCUGCUUCCGGCGACCCAGUACCUGCUACGCAUGCUGGCCAUUAACGAGAUUGAGUGCUCGUCCUUUACGAGCCCGCUGGUGGUGCGCACGCAGGAAGAGGCACCGGGCGAAGCUCCCGGUGGGCUGAAAGUCAAAACCGGUGCGAUGGGCGAGCUGGUGCUUACCUGGCAGAUCCCGAGCCGAGCGUCUUGGAACGGGGAGCUGCUCGGCUACACGGUCAGCUGCGUGGAGGAGAAAACCAACAUCAACUUCAUCGCCAGCCCGAACAACAUCUCCAACACGACGCUCACGGUGCACGGCUGGGCGACCACCAAGACGAGCAUUGCCAGCCUGAAGAAGUUCACGCGGUACGCCUUGCGCAUCCGCACGUACAACAGCAUCGCGCCCGGUCCGUGGAGUACGGUCGUGUACGGUACCACGUCGGAGGAUGCACCCGAGGCCGAGCCGCAAAAUGUCUCCUGCUCCAGCCUGUCCUCCCAAAGCAUUAAGGUGCUGUGGCAGGAGCCGCCGCCCCAGUUCCAUAACGGGGUGCUGCAGGGCUACAAGAUCCUCUACCGUCCGCUCACGAAAAACAACGAGUUUGUGUUUCCGUUCGAAAUCAAGCGCACCUCCAACCUGGAAACGUACCUGCACGCACUGAUGAAAGCGACCAACUACUCGAUCCAGGUCCUAAGCUUCACGCUCUCCGGCGACGGAGUGGCCAGCGUUCCGGUGUACUGUGCAACUGAAGAGGACGUUCCGGAAGCCCCAGCUGGCAUCAAAGCGCUCACGCUGACAGCUGACUCGAUACUCGUAUCCUGGUUACCGCCCGCCCAUCCUAACGGCAUCAUCACCCAUUACACCGUGUACGGAAAGGAUCACGGCAAGAAGGGUUCCCCAAAACAUAACAUCGUGCGGGUGGAUGAAACCGGACGACCGUCCAUGUUCGAGGUGCGCGGUCUGAGCGAGAACAACAAGUACGACUUUUGGGUGACGGCAUCGACGGCCAAGGGUGAGGGCGACCCGACGAUGGUGGUUUCGCAAACAACCAACACCCGGGCGCCGGCCAAAAUAGCGUCCUUCUCCCGGCUGCUCAAGGUGCCGGUCGGGGUGAGCCUGGUGCUGGAAUGUGUCGCCGUCGGUAACCCGACACCCCGGACGCGGUGGAUAACGAAGGACCAGGCCGUUACCUUCAGCCAGUACUAUGUGAUCUCGCAAGGCUUUCUCAAGAUACAUAGCGUCGAGCCACAGAUAGCCGGUAACUUUACCUGCUCGGCGAAGAAUCUGUUCGGCGAGGACGAGAUACACUACAUGCUGAUAGCGCUGCAGACGCCGAAUGUGACGCAGCUCUCGAUACAGUACACCUCGUUCGACAGUUUGCGCGUGACGUGGGAGGUGGCCAGCGACGGUGGUGCCCCGAUACAGGGCUACAAUCUCUACUACCGCACGACCAGCGGCGCGUGGUCCAAUGUGGCAAUUCCGAGCGAUCAGAUGGCGUACACGCUCAACGGUUUGAAGUGCGGCACUCAGUACAUUCUGAAGAUCAAUGCACACAACAAGGUUGGCAUCGGGAUGCUUACUGAAGAGCUGGCCGUGCGCACCAAGGGAAAAGCCCCACACAUUCCCGAGGAGCGAGAACUGUUCAACACCAACUCGAGUUGCCUGAAUCUGUUUCUCACCUCCUGGCUGAACGGUGGCUGCCCAAUAUCGCACUUUUCCAUCGAAUACCGUCGGCUUCAUACACCGUUCUGGACGAUCGUCUCAUCCGACCUUUCCGGCAGCGAUCAGCACACGAAUGGGAGCAUUUCGUUCUGCGAUUUCAUUCCCGCCACCUGGUACGAGCUUAAGAUCACCUCCAACAACGAUGCAGGGAAAACGAUGGCACAGUAUAACUUUGCCACCUUAACACUAUCGGGCGAGAAAAUACCGCCACCAGAGUACAAGGCAAUGCCGGAGGAGAACAACGAUUCCAUUCUGCUAUCGGACGAGGUAGAGUUCCAGUGGCUGCAGUCGACGGUGAUGAUAAUUACCAUCAUUGUAAUUGUUUUAAGUCUUGUGGUUGGCGCCAAGUAUCGGGGUGUUUUGUGCUUCACCAACAACUCCGAUCGCUACAGCACCCAAACACUAUCGGCCGAUCUGAGCAUGAAGGAGCAGUCGGAAAACAUCCGCAACCAGCAGGUGUACAGUGCAUCGCCCGUCAAGGUGAUCAACAAGGAGGAGAACGCCGAAAUGUACGAAAUUUCACCGUACGCCACAUUUAACGCGAGCACCGGCCGGCUGUGUAAGGAGCCGCGAAGCCUAAACCCAUCGAACAUAGACUAUUCGCUGCAGUUCCGCACCUUCGGCCACCCGGAGUGUGAUUUAAAUGCCACUGCCUACCCGUUGCUGGAGAGCACCGGUCACAUGCCAGGACACAUCAAGGGCAAGUCCAGCUGGCACAAGCAACAGUUUUACAACACCGAUGAAACGCCAAUGAACAUGCCCAGCUCAACGAAAUCAAUCGCUGCCAAAUGGGACGACGGUGCAUUGCGACGCAUGGGGCAACGCAGCUUCGGUCCCAGCAACUAUUCCGAGUCGGAUAGCAGCAGCCCCAUUAACGAAUUCUCCAACGCACCCACCUUUAGGAUACCUUCGAAAACGCCCUGUUCAAAUAUUCUGCACCACGAGUCCAGCACGGAAUCGAUCAAGGAGCUGUCGCCGGUGCGGGAUCAUCGCGCCAACACGCCCCGCCACGUCCAGGCUACGGGGAAAGGCCACUUCGGGCAUCAGCUACGGACAAAGGACAAUCAUUGCCUCGAUAUGCAACCAUCUUCAAGUACGCACAGAUACCACAAUAAGACCUACGUGACAGCGGCCGAGUUUAGCGAAACGGAAAGUGAUCGCGAGCGGGCACUAGAUCUCGAGGUACAGCGCGCGAUGGAAAAGGCUAUACGGCAGGACGAGUGCAAAUCGUCGACGAGAUAGAACGAAUUCACGGCACGUGCAUUUCCAGUCAGCUGAUCUCAAUCUUGACUCUUCGUGCUUUCUAUCUCUCUUUCAACCUUUUCCACCUUUCUGUUGAAUUGCAAACAGACCUCCCAUUCCCAUUUCCAUUCCCAUUCUCUUCCCGUCACAUUUGAUUACUUCUUUUCGAACCCCAGUCCGAUCCUGCGUGGUGGUAAUGAGCCCUCCAGAACCCUCCAGUAUCGACACUGAACGCUUUACGAUCGAGAGUUCAGUGCCCCGUGUCCCACAAUCAUCCAUCGUCAAGCAGUGUAGUUUCCCCGUAGUGUAGAGUAAACUAUUGUCGUUAUUGUAGCACAAUACCCACACCGUCAUGAGAUUUUUUAUAUCUUCAUUCAAGUUGAAUAUACGGUUUUUGUUUUACAUUGAAUGUAAAUCGGGCAAGAAAGAGUACUGUUAUAC